ACAUCUGUACCCAGUGGGAAGGCUAAGUUCCAGAACGCACUGAGAACUGUCAAGUCAAGCCUUUUGCUUUCAUUUCCAUAUUAUGAAAAACAAUAGCGCCGGCAGCAGUGCUUAUUACUGCGCAUUUGAGGUGUGCGCCAUUCGGGUCACUGAAUCUCUUUUUGACUUUCUAUUAUGACGAGUCGCCGACGACAUCACAACGGAACGCACCUCAGCAGUAGAAGAUGAUGGUUAAAGCUAUGUAAAAUAUUCCCAUUCUCGUCGGGUAAAGCGAUGCCUAGGCUACUGACGGAGAACCAUGAUUUGCAGAGGAUAUAUUUUGGAUAGUCUACUUUGCGAGAGCAAGAGUGUGUGGCUGUCUGUCAAGCAUGGAGUCGCUUUGGUGCGCUAAAGCAUCUUGGAUAAGAUGAUUGUCAGUUAUUUCACGUAGCGAAGCGAACACCAAACAAGGCUCACAGCUACAAAAAUCCACAUUUGUAGCGGACUUCAGAAAGACAGGUAGGGUGCGCGCCCACCGGUUGCUGUGAUGAAACCCUCUCCGGGCAACGGGGUGAACCACCAGACUCAUCGAGAAGAAUUGGUGUCCAACGGAGGCUGCGGAAUGUCAGACACCGUGACAGCUGUCCAAACCGACACUAGUCCCGGAUCGCCCAUGACUGACAAGCCGGGAGCAGGAGGAGAUACAGACGCCAAAGGAAUCCCGCGGCGGAGCAGUAUUAUCAAGGAUGGUUCUCGUGCUGGUCAUGAGAGGAAGAAGACGGUCUCCUUCAGCAGCAGUCUCUCUGAGAGGAAGAUCAGCAGCGCUGCAGACUGCAUCAGUGCUAUGGUGAGGGGUACUGAGCUGCGGAAGGUGCGCUCCAACUCACGGGUCUACCAACGCUACUACCUGCUGGAGUCAGGUCUGCAGGCCCUGCGAUGGGAGCCCUCCAAGAAGGAGUCAGACAAGGCCCGCAUCGCUGUCUCCUCCAUCAGAGAGGUCCGCACCGGCCGCAACACAGAGACAUUUAGGACCAACGGCAUCUAUGACCAGAUCUCUGAGGACUGUGCCUUCUCUAUCAUCUACGGAGAGACCUAUGAAGCUCUGGACCUGGUAGCUAACUCUGCAGAGGUGGCCAACGUUUGGGUAACUGGCCUGAGGUAUCUGAUUCUGUAUGGGAAGCAUGCCAUGGACAUGAUAGCCAGCAGUGAGGACAGCCUUCGUCUCGUCUGGCUAGCAGAGAUGUUCUCCUCUAAGGUUGUUUCAAAUGGACUCGGUGGAAGAGAGGAGGAGGGGAUCAGUUUGCGGUCGGCUGUAGGACUGAUCAAGAGUGUUAACCCUGGAGUGAGGAGUGGGAAAGUAGAACGCAGGUUUAAGGAGCUCCAUCGAAUCAAAGAGAGGACGAGGGGGGCUCGGACAACUGGAGACAGGGUCACCAAGGAGGAGUUCAUUGAGGUAUUUCACGAACUUUGCACCCGACCGGAGAUCUACUUCCUGCUUGUGCAGUUCUCUAGCAACAAGGAGUUCCUGGAUACCAAAGAUCUGAUGAAGUUCCUGGAAGCUGAGCAGGGCGUGGCUCAGGUGACUGAAGACACCAGUCUGGAGCUCAUUCAAUCCCACGAGCCGUCGGAGGAGGGCCGUCGCCAGGGCUGCCUCUCAUUGGACGGUUUCACCAGCUAUCUUACCUCCCUGGAGUGCCACCUGUUUGACCCGGAGCACAGCCAGGUAUGCCAGGACAUGAGCCAGCCCUUAUCCCACUACUACAUCAACUCCUCCCACAACACCUAUCUCAUCGAGGACCAGUUCAGGGGGCCCGCUGACAUCACCGGCUACAUCCGGGCUUUAAAGAUGGGCUGCAGGUGUGUGGAGGUGGACGUGUGGGACGGCCCUGACGACGAACCCGUGGUUUAUACCGGUCACACCCUCACCUCGCCCGUCAAGUUCCYCUGUGUCCUGGARGUGAURGGMRGRUUUMCYUUCGKYGCMUCYGAGUMUCCWCUYAUCCUGUGRMUGGAGAACCACUGCUCCCCCAGCCAGCAGAGAGUCAUGCUCCAGCACCUGAGGAGGAUCCUAGGGGAGAGGUUGUACACGGAGCCCCUCAGGGAAGGGGAGGGGUACCUGCCCUCGCCCCAUGCCCUGAGGGGCAAGAUCCUGCUGAAGGGGCAGAAGUUGAAGGAGGGGUGUGGUGAGACGGAGGGGGAUGUGACUGAUGAAGACGAGGCGGCGGAGAUGUGCAAGAGGAUGAAGGCUGGUAACAGUGAAGGAGGAGGAGGGGAGGGGGGACAGAAAGGUGGCGGGGGGGGUGUUACUAGUAGUGUGAAAACCCUGACCCCUGCUCCUCCCUCUAAACGGUUCCAGCUUCUGAAGGAGCUCUCGGACUUGGUGACUCUGUGCAAGUCGGUACGCUUCACGGACUUCCAGAAGUCUUUCUCAACCCAGAAACCCUGGGAGUUCUGCUCGUUCAACGAGACCCUAGCGGUGCGCUGCGCCAGCGAGCGCCCGGGAGACUUUGUCAACUACAACAAGCACUUCCUGUCGCGGGUCUACCCCAGCGCCAUGCGCAUCGACUCCAGCAACAUGAACCCACAGGACAUGUGGAAGUGCGGUUGUCAGAUUGUGGCUAUGAACUACCAGACGCCCGGGUUGAUGAUGGACCUAAACAUCGCUUGGUUCCGCCAGAACGGGAAUUGUGGGUACGUGCUGCGACCCACCAUCAUGCGACAGGAGGUUUCAUAUUUCAGCGCCAAUACAAGAGAAUCUGUGCCGGGUGUGUCCCCUCAGCUGCUCCAUGUUAAGGUGAUCAGUGGUCAGAACCUGCCCCGUCCGAGUGGUUCUGGAGCUAAAGGAGAUGUGGUGGACCCGUAUGUCUACGUGGAGAUCCAUGGAAUCCCUGCCGACUGUGCCGAGCGCCGCACCCGCACGGUGGUGGAGAACGGAGACAACCCCAUCUUCGACGAAAGCUUUGAGUUCCAGAUCAACCUGCCCGAGCUGGCCAUGGUGCGCUUCGUGGUGCUUGAUGAUGAAUUCAUAGGGGACGAGUUCAUAGGUCAGUAUACCAUUCCCCUGGAGUGCUUACAGCCAGGCUACCGGCACGUACCAUUACAGUCUCUGAUGGGGGAGGACCUCCCGUACGCCCGGCUGUUCGUCCAUGUGGCUCUCACCAACCGGAGAGGAGGGGGCAAGUCCCACAAGCGGGGGCUGUCUGUGCGAAAAGCGAGGCGAGGGAGGGAGUAUGCUGCACUCAGGGACCUGGGGGUCAAAGCCUUGGAUGAUGUUUUCAAAAUGGCGGCCCCGUCAUUGAAGGAAGCCACAGACAUGCGGGAGAACAUGCAGAACUCGGUGGCAGUGUUCAGGGAUCUGUGUGGGGUGUCAGCGGUGGCUACACUCAUGCAGUGUGUGUUGGCCUGGGGGCCCGAGUGGCGGGGGCUGAGCGGCCCCCUGCUGCUGUUUGAGCUGACAGGAGCAUCGUACCCCUCCAUGGCGUCUCAGGGCGCCCCUGCCGGACGUCCUACGCAGGUGUGUCCACUACGAAAUGGUGAGAAAUAA